ACGCAUGCGCAGUAGUCUAUGGGCAGGCCAUUUUCAAACAAAACCGCGGGCAGCAUUUUAGCAAUUUUAACAAGAAAGAAAUCUCGACGAACUUUUGUUGAAGCGUUUAGGACAAAAACAGACGAAAAUCAAACCACACAAUGACCAGCACACUCAAAGGAAUUACUCUCAAAGGAAGCGCGGAGCUUGUGGCUGACUUCUUUUCUUUUGGUAUCAACAGCAUCUUGUACCAGCGUGGCAUUUAUCCUCCGGAGCAAUUCACCAGAGUGAGCCAGUAUGACAUGAGCCUUCAAGUCACCUCAGAUCCUGAACUAAAGAACUACCUCGAUAGUGUGGUGUCGCAGCUCAAAGAGUGGCUCCUCAACUGCACGGUGCAGAAGCUGGUGUUGGUGAUCACAUGUCUGCAAACCAACGAGGUAUUGGAACGCUGGCAGUUUGAUAUCGAGUGCGACAAGUCGGCCAUGGAGUGCAGUAGUGCCCCUCGAGAAAAGCCCAUUCAAACCAUCCAGGGUGAGAUCCGCUCAGUUCUCAGGCAGAUAACCGCCUCCGUGACCUUCCUGCCCCUGCUGGAAACGCCGUGUAGCUUCAACCUCCUGAUCUACACCGACAGAGACCUCGCCAUUCCCGAUAAGUGGGAGGAGUCCAACCCGCACUGCAUCAGCGACCCAGAGGAGGUGCGCCUGCGCUCGUUCACCACAACCAUCCACAAGGUGUGCAGCAUGGUCACUUACAAGAAGACGUGCUCGCUUUAAAAUGGGGUUUCAAACCCGGGGUGGGCCACAACACCCCAAAUUCAAUGCCACUCACACAUACAGUAAUAAACAUAUUUUUUUUCAUA